UUUGUCUUGAUAAAUAAAAUUAGGGAGUUAUACAGUGCCUUCCCCAAAGUUAAUAAAUAACUACUAAACCUUUAGAAAUGAAAAACAGAGCUCGCCGAAUUCGGUUAGGCCUGUUUUAUCAGAAUCGGUUGCUUGUUUCUCCUGGGAUCUGGCAACAAUGCUUCCGGCGCGCGAGUCAAAGCGCCAGACUUUGCAGAGCAGCAGAGAAACGGAGAGCGCGAACGGCACGCGUUGUAUCCAUGGACUACAGGAAUAUCUCGUUUCUUGUCCCCAACGUUUAUGCGUUUGUUGCAGUAGACGUUUACCGAUUACUUCCACUUACCUCCUUUCAAUGACCUAAACAGGGUUUGUUUCUUGUUUUUAUGUCGGACUGUAAUUAAUUGGGUAAGUAAGUGCUGGUGGACAUCCUCACUGUUGUUUCAGGACUGGGACAUCAUAUUUACAUGAAUAUUUUGGAUAUUAGAUGAGCGAAAAGUUCUGGACUUCUCAUUUUGGACACCAGAUGCGUGUUCUUCACCAGCGUGAAAGUACGACACAACUUAAACACUUUUGUCCACCGAAGAAUUUAAUUAUUUCUACCGGGUGGAUGGUAAUUUUCUCAACGGGAGUAAAAAUAUAACUCCGUCCUUGACAGAAAUGCUAAUGCUGCGGUUGAUGGAGAAACAUUUCUAAAAAAUCACCCGCAGUGGACCUGGCGCCCCGCAUCAGUCUGCGUGCGCUUCAAAACAUUUAACUUCACCCUAUGGACAAUAAUAAUAUUGUUUGAAAUCCAUCCCAAAUCAGAUUCAUACAUUGACCAUAUGGCUUUGCCUUCUCAAAUUUGACAAUUACUUGGGACUUUCUGUUGAGGUCAUGGACUCCUUUGAAUGGAACAAAGGAGGUUGAUGUUUCUGAAUCUGCUUUCUUUUACAAACAUUCAGAGGGUUGUUCUCCGAGUCUUUCAGAUGUGGAUGUUGCGGUCACACCGUCUCCUCAAGCACAGAGGGAUCUAGUGAAGUUCAACCUUCCGCCAGUCUUUUGUCUCUAUUAGGUCCCAGGCAUUUGUCUUGCAUAUAGGAGGAACAUGGGAGUCCAGACGAGGGGACCCUGGGUGGCUAUGGCGUUCUGGGACUGGGUCAGUGGAUUGGGAAUUCUCUUAAUCUUCCUGAUGGAGAGUUUAGCAGUGGAUGCGACCAACAUGGAGCCAGUAUACUGGAACUCUUUGAACAGAAGGUUUGGAGAUGAGAGGGGCUACAUACUCUACCCUCAAAUAGGGGAUCGUUUGGACCUCGUUUGUCCUGCCACGAGUCCAUCAGGGCCGAACUCUCCUCCUGAGUAUGAGUAUUAUAAACUGUACCUGGUGUCCUCACGAGAGCAGGCCGACAGGUGUGAGGUGAUGGGCGCCCCGAACCUGUUGCUCACCUGUGACAAACCCAACAGCGAUAUGAGGUUUACCAUCAAGUUCCAGGAGUAUUCGCCCAACCUGUGGGGUCAUGAAUUCAAGAACUUACGAGACUAUUACAUCAUAGCUACCUCUGACGGUACAAAAGAAGGGAUCGACAGCAUGAGAGGAGGUGUCUGCGUGACGCGAGGGAUGAAGCUGAUUCUCAAAGUGGGACAGACCGCAUAUGGCCUUCCCCCAAAACCCAAACCUGAUCCAGGCCGUCCCAGCAACAGAAUCCCAGAUACAGAAAGUGGCUCUAAAGCAGGUGAUGGAGGUGAGGCCGGUGAGAGGGGAGACAGCGGCACCGUGUCUGUCUCUAACAUCGCCCUGAUCACCGGCGGUGCCGGGGGAGCCUUCAUCCUCCUGAUCGCCGUAGUGAUCGCUGUCGUGUGUUACCGGCGACGGAAAGCCAAGCACUCCGAAACUCACCAUCCUGCCCUUACACUCUCCUCUCUUAGCCCAAAGAGAGGCAACUCCUGCGGGGCAGCUACAGGGGCCGGCGGGGGCAACAAUAAUGGCUCAGAGCCCAGUGAUAUCAUCAUUCCCCUGCGGACCUCUGACUCUGCGUACUGCCCCCAUUACGAAAAAGUCAGCGGCGAUUACGGACACCCCGUCUACAUCGUUCAAGAGAUGCCUCCUCAGAGUCCAGCCAAUAUUUACUACAAAGUAUGAAAUCAGCGAACACGCAGACAACCCAUCCAGAAUUUAUGGUACUUCACACACAUGUGCUGUGUGUCCAAGUGACUCUAUAUUUAAGAGCCUAUACGUGAUACUAGAACUUGUAUGUGAAGUUGAGUUCUAGGAAAGUGGUAAAUUAUUUCAUAGCAGCGUGUUUGCAUUUAUUUACGUGUGUGUGUGUGUGUGUCUGAGGCGGGCGGAUCACGGAUUUCACAUGUACUCAGGUGCAAGUGAAUGUACGUCACACGCUUUUUGGAGACGAAUUUAUAUGUCCAUUCUGGUGGUUGAAAUUGAGUUGUGCUUAUCCUCAAAACCAAACAGUAGAGAGUGAUUCAUAAAAAAUAAUACCUGUAUGUAUAAAUAAUACAAGUACUUCUUACAUUUUUACCCUCUGGGGGAAAUUCACUAAGAAAGUGCACUGGCUGAUUGCGUCAUUUAUUUGCACAUGCAUUGUUUGUGGUCCAUUCACUAACAAUAAAAAUGUGCCCAAAAGAUCUAAACACCAUCUCCAUGCCAAAAUUUGCCACCUGCGGACUGGCGCAAUCUGGCGUACUUUACUGGGACUGUACAGUAUCGCUAAGAUCCAGAAAACUGACUGACUCUUUAAAAUCCCAAAAACGGUUUUGACUAGAUAUGUUUCCUUUUCAAAAGCUUUUUUCAUUAUUUGAUCAUCAUUUGAUGAAUUAACGCUGCCAUUGUCACUAGACAUUUUACACAAUCUUUUUUUUAAAUAUUAGCUCAAUUGCAUCUUUUUAGGCAGUUUUGAAUACUGGAUGUCUUCUGACCGGAUCUGAUGAAGACAUCGAAUUCAAUAUCCCUUGCACUUUGGAACAAUCUAAAAUUUUUAGUAUAGUUAGCAGAAUCAAGCUUUUUUGGCUUAGCUGGAUCAAUUAUAGAAUAUUGGUACAUUCCAAAAUAAGGCUAAUUCGCAUAGAAAGAAGGCAUGUUUUUGCGGAAAAGGAAAAAAUGUAUUAAUAAUUCACUGAAGUUUUUUAAACACUAUUCCAUCGCAAAAAGCACUUGUUAAACUGGAUUGUGUGUGGCUAGUGAAUGAGACGCCGAGUGUACGGGGCAUAAAAGUAGUGCAACUGUUUAGUGAAUUCGCCCAUCUUUAUUUUGUUUUUCUAAGUUCAUCUGAUUGUAAAUGUUUGUCUUUUCUGAACUCGGACCUCCAUCUGAUUUAUUUAUUAAGCAUCAAAGAAAGUUUUUCAUUCCUUCCACUUCAUCAGCUUCCUAUUGCAACUCCUCAGCACCCAGUUGUUUGUUUUUGAGGUUUUUUAAACAUUUUUAUGUGAGCAGCGGGAAUCACAUGUGGAGGAGGUGUAGACGGAUGAUCGACUGUUUCAGAUGGAGACUCUUCUGAGAUUUCCAAGAGGUUGGAGGUCAAAGUUAAGGAGUCAAAGAAAAACCCCUCAGUGGUGCGCGGAGGAGUGAGUCCUUCACUCAAGUUGAUCUGAGGGCUUCUCUCUCUCUUUCCCUGGCCUUUUGAAGAACUGUGUAUGCCAUGAUAAACUGCUCACUUACCCUAGACACACAAUACCAAACUUAUACACACUUAACAUGCACAUCCACAUUACAGCAGUUUGUGUUUUCAUGUGUUAACCCUUGCAGAUGGACUCCAGCUGUGCUAAAGCAUUGGUAUGUUGCUCAAAGCAUUGUGGUUCAGGCCGAAGACAGUAGGACUAAGACAGCCAAUGCGACUGUGCAUCUAAAUUAACUCAAUUACAAACUCUUCACAUCCUCUUGAGUGUUACACAUAUCCGUUGCCUGGUUACAAUCUCGUCUCGACUCUAAUUAUCACAUUCGGGCGAUGUCUCCGAACCAUCUCUGACAUUAUCACCCAGUCCCAGCUUGAGGCUUCAGGUCCACAGUUCACCUGAGUUAUUUCACUGGAUGAGACAUGACAUCAUCGUGAGAUGUAAGAAGAGACCAGCCGGAGUGACUUGAGCUUUCUGGUUCAGACUUCUCUCUGUCCACCUUGAUUUAAGGAUUUCUUGCUGUCAUUACCACAAAUUACUAACAACCAGAAAUGGCACCUUUAUCAUUUUACUUAUUUCUGUUAAUGUAUUUUUUAUGUUUUUGUUCUUCCCAUUUCAUUACUUUCGACAGUUUUGAACAAAUGAGAGUAAUCUAAAUGAAGGAAAACAAAUGCAGUUUUAUCUAACCUACCCUGCUUGUGUCCGUGGUAACCCUUGAUGGUAACUAGUGUUGGAAACUGUAAGGAAUUAUCAACUGUGGUUCUGAUUCCAAUUAACUGCCCCAUUGACUAUUCUUUCAGGACUUCUGAAUAAAGACAUUUGGGGGGUGGGGGGAUAAGAGAUGUGAUUUUUAUGGCAUUUACUGUCCUUAUCAGUCUGUUGCCAAAUGAUGGACUUUUCACAGAGUUUUUAAUGGUGACAUAAAUUCAAUCCAAUUAGUCCUAACUGUGUAUUAAAUAAAAAAAACUAAACAUGUCAAAAAAAGUGGUAAGUUUUUCUAUUUUCAUAUUAUUAACAUCAUUAAUUUGUUUUUAUAAAAUACCACCAAUUACAAAAAACAAUGUGUAUCUUUAUCUGCACAUUGUCAUAUGAAUAUUGAGUCAGGAACCACACUGAAGUGUCACAAGCCUCAAGAUGAAAAUAACAAAAAAUAAUAACUUCUAAGUGAGUGAGUCAUUUGUUUUGGAAUCUGACUACACUGGUCAUCCUGUAUUUGUUUAAAUGACUUAAGGCAUAAAAUCUUUGAAAGACAUUGAUUUUUAUUAGCAUUUAAAUUGAAUAUCUACGAGCAGAACUUUAUUACGCUUUGUUUUUGACUUAUGUCUGCGAAAUAAUUGAUACUUGUUUGUUCUGAAUGGACAGGAUAUUUUUUUCACUGCGUAUAUUUUCCAGUUUUUCCAGUCCGUUUACAAUGGCUGUGUCUGAAAUCGCAUACUCUCUUGAGUAGGUACUUAUUUUGAAUAAGUAAUUACUUUGCGACCACUGAAAAAGUGUGUUCUAUAUAGUAUGAAUGUUAUCUGGAUGUACUACAUACAUCAAAGUUGCGUUGCUUCACAGCCAUUGACAAAUCCUCCACCCAAUGGCCUCAUGGGAGAGUGUCCAUCGUAUGCACGCUUCAGAAUCUCGCCAGAAGUAUUAGGUCAUCUUGGUACUUUUUCCCUAAUGUUUUAUGAGUACUGUGAAUUUGGACACUUUCUUUGUCCCAUACUCUUUUUCGCCUAUACUAUAUAGUAGGAAAAUAUGCAAUUUCGGAUGCAGCCAGAGACUGUUGUGUCAUUAUUUGAAUGAGUUUUUAUACUGUGGUAUUCAAGAGAGAUGCAUUUCUGAACUGCUGCCCCCUGCAGGCCUGGAGGAACAAUUGUCAGGCUUUUUCAUACUUUAUUUUGGUGUUUCUUUGUAAAUGUAUAAUUUCUUCUUCACAUCGGCACCAUGUGAUAUACUCUGCUGCCUUAAUUUUAAAAGAUGUAAAGCACUUCCUCGGCUAGCCAGGCCAUGGGUUAGGCCGGAUUUUGUUUUAUCUUUGUCCAGCUUCUCUGUUUAACCAAGGCUGGCCUGGUUAAUGUUAACCUAAGCCACCCAAAGCAUUUCAAUACCUACCAAAAAAAGUCUAAUAGUGACCACACAAUGACACCAAACCCUGUUUUAGCAUUUUACAUUUUACGCAGUCAUUCAGUACUGGCUGUUACACUUUUAUUUGUUUACAUUUGUCAGCUGACCUAAUAUAAUUUGCAAUGCCUUGAUACUGAGUUGUGAUGAAGACUGUUUCUAACUUACUCAACAGUAUUUCUAUAAACAAUGCUGAUUUCAAGAGGACUUUUUUCAGUUUUUCAAAAGUCCAGUUGUACUGGACAGGACUUGAUGUUCGGACUGUGUUGAGAUGUUAUAAAAACACUGAGGCAAUGUUAAUAUGUUUAAAAAGAUGUUGAGAUUAGACAUUGGGAAAAACUGUUUGGUGCACCUGUUCCCUUACUCUCUUUUUCUUUUUAUUUCUUUUCUCUCUCUUUCCAACCCAGACACUAUAUCAAAUAAAGAUUACAUUCCAUGCAGUAAAACUCACUGAUAAAACUAAAAAA